CUGAUUGAAAGCCCUCGACGCCGACGACGACGACAACGAUGAGGGUGCUUCCGCACAUCAGUCAGCCGACCCUCGACACGUUUCGGAGAGACGUCUACCGACCUCGGCUGGCGCUGCUGCUUCUUAUCCUCCUCUUGAGCGGCAAGGGUUCAGAAGAUCUCUCAAAUCGGACCAGACGGGACGUCGUCGCAAGCUUCAGGAUCGGAGGGGCCGAAGGUGGUGUCAGUGGUUCAAGUGCACACUCGGCAUCAACAGCUUCAUUUGCGCAUGCCGGAUCAUCGCGUGGUAGCAGAUAUGAUUUCUCGAAUCUCUUCGGCUUUGGCUUGUCCAGGACGAGGACCAAGGGGCAGGGCAAGGGCAAGGGCAAGGGCAGAGAAAGGAUCAAGAGCGAAGCAAACGAGAAGGGCUUGGGUAAGGGCAAGGCAGAUACGGAGUCUACAGUCCGCGAGAGCAGUGUAACGAGCACCAAUAGGGCAAAAGCAAAGGCGAAAGCCCACGACAAGGGCGGACAACCAGCGCCAGGUUCUGUGUUCUACCUCCCGCGGCCGAGCUUGAGUUUGCUCCUCGACGCCGAUGUCUUGCCGGCCAUAUUGCCGCUACAUGUCCUCUGGGUUGUCCGACUGGGUGGCAUGAUGGUUGAGGACGGCAUCGUCAAGUCGACGAUGGCAGCUGAGCGAGGGCGAACAAAGAGGUCAAUGAUGGCUGCUCAUGGCCUGGCGAUCGCAAAGAUCAUUGGGCUCGCACUGCUCGCCAUGUCUGCCUUUGCUGCUUCGACUAGCUCGAUGCUGAGAGGAUGGGGGCCGAGCCGGAGCAAUGUGGAGAAGCAGCGGUCGCAUGAGCAGCGCUCUCUCUUGCCUCUCCAUGUCAUCGUCUUUCUCGAGCUUACAGCGACGCUUCUGUCCCUCGUGGUCCCCUUGACCAAGCUGUCACAUCCGCGCUUGGAUCGUCUGUUCCCUCAAACGCUUCGCAUCCCGUCACCUUCUCAUUCGCCUGGCAUCAUCGACAUGCUCCCAUUGCCCCCAGGCCUGGCCGAUGUCCUCACCGGACGGGCGUCUUCAAAUCGAUAUAGCAAUCGUGCAAUGGCGGCCCGGCGACGGCAGCGCGCCCUCAAUCAUAUGGGGACCAUUCAACCAGGGCGUCGCCACGGCGCUUUACUUGACCAAAUUUCAACCACGCCGGAAACGCAGACGGCCACCAAUGUUAGUCAGAACAUUAGAAGUAGCGAGGGCGGCGUGCCACACAAUCCCAUGCGGCUCUAUGACGCAGAUGGCCGCCCCGUAAGGCCGGGUAAAGUUCCCCGAAUCAAGGGCGUCGAAGUGCAAAUUGAGCUCAGCUGGCUCCUGGAGAAUCUGGCCACGCUCUGGGGUCACGCCGUGGGAGCCAUCGAGUACGCCAUUGUGACUCUCUCACUUCCGACGCUCUCCCCCACCUCGUUGCCGCCCGUGCUAUCGCUCCUGUCGCUUCGAUCUCAGCUUGGCGCCGUCGCGAUAACUUGGACAUCAGCCAGGCGAUCUGUCGAAUGUCUGGAAUUCGUUCGGCGAAGAUGGGGUGUAGACAGCUCGUCCAACAGCCCAACUUCUCCCCCGUCGCCUUCAGCACGCACGUCGCCGACAGCGACGGCAGCGGGGGCAAUGGGGGGCCCGAGUUCUCGACGGAGAGCGAGAUCUUCGGCAACGUGGCGAGCGGGCCAUACCGACGACGUCAUGUGCUCCAUCUGCUUCGAGGUCGUCCGUUAUGGCUCUCCAACGGCUCAUUCAGAUGCACUUGCCAUCGAGGGAAGUGCCAGUGGGAAUCAACAGACAGGUACUGCUGGCGAGAGCUGCACUCUCGACUGUGGCCAUGAACUUCACGCAGUCUGCCUCGUUCAGUGGCUCACCAAGCAGGCCUUUUGCCCUUGUUGUCAUGCUGCGCUAUCCUUCUCGCCGCCAUUGACUCAGGAACAAGAGCCGACGGCGGCAGCUGCUUCGGUUAAUAGUGCGCCGAACGACGCCGGUGCGACAACACGAGGUGCAUUUUAAUAGGAUCGACCUCUCGAGACUCUGGCAAUUCCAUUCUGGGUACUGUACUGCACAGUACAAUGUAACUCCUUCUGAAUCUGGCCUGUGUUCGAACGGCGUGAACAUGAUUUGUAAGCGGACAAGAUCCGCGCUACUUCUCCGAGGUCUAGAUAAAUGAUAAGCCUAAACGCACGUGUAGAAAGGACCCUCGAAUAGCAAGC